AUGAAAUUGUAUUGCUUGUCGAGUGAACCAACGAAACCAUGCCUUGUCUUAACUUUCAAAGGAAUCACUUUAAUGUUGGACUGCGGACUAAAUAUGCAGUCCGUUUUAAAUUUUAUGCCAAUGCCUUUGGUCCCAAGUGCCAGGUUCGACUCCUUGCCCAACUGGUUACCACGUGACAAUCAACAAGAUUGGCAGAUAGAAGGAGAAUUGAAAGAAUGCUGUGGCCGGCUAUUUGUGGAUUCAACUCCUGAAUUCUGUCCUCCUCUCGAAAAAAUUAUUGAUUUUUCGGAAAUAGACGCAAUUCUUAUUUCAAAUUACACUUGUAUGCUAGCGUUGCCUUUUGUUACUGAAGGGACUGGAUUUAAGGGAAUAGUUUAUGCCACAGAACCAACUUUGCAGAUCGGUCGAUUUUUUAUGGAGGAAUUAGUUGAAUAUAUUGAACAGGCACCACGAGCAGCUUUAGCAAAGCAUUGGAAGGAAAUGCUCCACAUUUUACCACCACCACUAGCCGAUUCUCUAAAACCUAAAUCGUGGAAACAUAUUUACUCGGUUGCUGCUGUAAAUUCUGCGUUAUCUAAUAUUCAGUUAGUUGGAUACGAUCAAAAAUUAGACAUAUAUGGCGCAUUGACGGUAACUCCCAUAAGUUCGGGUUAUUGCCUAGGAAGUAGUAACUGGUUGAUAUCCUGUGACCAUGAAAAAGUGGCUUUUGUCAGUGGAUCAUCGACGCUGACAACUCAUCCUCGUCCAAUGGAACAAACUACUCUGAAACAUGCAAAUAUGUUAAUUUUAACUGGUUUGACACAAACACCAACUGCUAAUCCAGAUACAAUGUUGGGCGAGUUAUGUAUGAACGUGGCAAUGACAUUAAGAAGUGGAGGAUGUGUACUAAUUCCCUGCUAUCCUUCUGGUGUCGUCUACGAUCUCUUUGAAUGUUUGAGCACACAUUUGGAUAAAAAUGGUCUCACACAAGUGCCUCUAUUUUUUAUAUCUCCAGUAGCCGAAACCUCCUUAGCCUACUCGAAUAUUUUGGCCGAAUGGUUGUCGACGAACAAACAGAACAAAGUUUAUCUUCCAGAAGAACCGUUUCCUCACGCAUUUCUAGUUAAGAACGCAAGAUUAAAACAUUACACAUCCGCUUACGCCGAUGGUUUUAGUACUGACUACAGGCAGCCUUGCGUUGUAUUUUGUGGACAUCCAAGUUUAAGAUAUGGUGAUGCUGUUCACUUUGUACAACUUUGGGGAAAUAGUCCUCAGCACACGGUUAUAUUUACAGAGCCCGAUUUUCCGUAUUUGGACGCAUUGGCACCUUUUCAACCCUUGGCAAUGAAAGCCGUUCAUUGUCCGAUAGAUACAUCUCUCAAUUUCACUCAAGCUAAUAAAUUGAUUAGAGAUUUGAAACCAGAGCAUCUUGUUAUACCUGAAUGUUAUAUGCAGCCACCUCUUAGUGCUCCUCAUAGGACCGAUCUCAUCAUAGAACCCGUAGGAGAAAAGCCUUUAAUCACUUUCAAGCGAGGCGAAGUCGUAAAAUUACCACUGAAGAGGAAGAAAGGUCGAGUUUUCAUAGAACCUGACUUAGCUGGAAAUAUAAUUCCUAGUGAAAUUAGGCCAGGAUUAAGUCUUUCAUCAGUCACUGGAGAACUAGAAGUUAAGGAUAAUGUCUACACCAUCAAGAAUAUCGAGGACAGGCCGACUGGUAAGCGAAAAAAUCCCACGGCAGUACCCGCUCCCAUAAAAGAGAUGGUUUUCAAGGGACGAAAACACGAAUACGGAAACUUAGAUCCCCAAGAAUUGCUUCAGAAAUUAAGCCAAGAAGGUAUUCUGGGUGCCAAAUUGCAGCACAAUCCGAAUUCUACGAGCAUUCACUUGCAGGACGAGGACACGUUAAUUCAAAUAGGAGAAAAUUCAACGCACAUAUUCUGCAACGGCGAUCAAAAAAUAAGAAGACGACUAAGAAAUGUCGUCAUGCAGUGCCUGAAAAGAUUUUAAUCAGUUGUAUUCUAUAUAUAAAGGUAAAAUUAAGAUAUAAAACG